AUGACGUUGGAUAGGGAAAGGGCCGCUGUCGUCAAAGCUCAGGAUGUGACUCCGGAGGCCUACAAAGACCUUUCAAUCACGGACAGAUUAACACAACAAAGUCAGGUCGGUAACUCAUACAGACUCGGGGAAGUCCCCUCGGCCAACCCCAUUCUGCGUGAGGUUCGCCCAGGUGAUAGUCUUCGCCGCUAUCGCAGAGCCGAACUGAUGGCUCAUCAUCGUCACCUGGACUUGGAUGACCGAGAAAGAUCUGUCGUUGAUGCGCUCGACACCACUAUGGAUGAUGUCUCACGACAACGCCGUCCGUAUAGCGUUCAAUAUGCGACUCCACCACGAUUCCGGUCGAGUCAAUCAAUUGGCCCCAGCAACACUGAUGCAGAAACGUAUCUAGCCACGACGAACGCAGACCGAUCUGGAUACAGACCGUAUCAACCGCGUCGUCGAACUUCUGUGGUUCUUUCAGAAUCACCCAGACGGCACCUCCUCGCUCCUAACAGCCCCAGGGCAAGGUUAUCCGCUUCACCUGGUCGUAUGACCGAUGAUGAGGACAUGCCACCCAUGUCGACCAAUGACCUCACGCCUUCUCGGGGCGCCAUUACUUCCCAACCCCGGACAUCCGACAUCCCAACGUCGGACCCUUGGCAUGUAAUCCAGUCUGCCUUGGAGACAGCACGUAGGACAGACGGAACUGGCACAGCUCAACCCAAUCUGCAGCAGAUAGAGGAAGCGUUGGAGGCAGAAAGGCAAUUAGGCAUGCAGUUGGAGCAGCAACUCGGCGAUGAGCGGCAGCUUUCAAUGCACUUGCGCCGACAGCUUGACUCACACAGCCAGCUACUUCAGGCACGGCAACGAGAACUGGCUUCCAUUAGCAGUGACCCAUCAUUACAUGAUCUCUCGUUCGAGGACGUGUUACAGCAUGACCUCGCAACCGAACGACGACAUGGAGACGACCGUGCCGCAGAGAUCGAGGAGGAGAUACGCCAUGGCACUGUUCGCACGCGAAGCCUCGAGAACGUCCGCGAUUCCCUAAUCUACGGGGAUUCGCACACAGCAGAGCAGUCAAGUCCGUCUGCCGCCCAUAGUUCAGCAUUGCCUACAACGACUGCUGCAACACGCGCCAGCAAUAACACAGACGCUUCGAUCUCAUCGAGCUCCGCUGCCGUUAGGGUGAUGGAGUCGACCAGAAGCCGACGGAUUGCCAAUAUCGAAGAUCUUCAGCAGCAAGUGCGACUCGCAGAAGCUCGGGUCCGUCGGGCUGGUUCCGACCUUCUUUCCCUCGAAGCUGCCAUGCUGGCACGGUCCAACGAAGCGACUGUGAAUACAAAUCCCAGCGAAAGACUCAACCCGGCUUAUUCUGACGACAUAGCUCGCUCGUCAUCAUAUCGCUUCCUUCCGGAUUCGCCCAACAGGUCAAGCCAAGCGCCAAGCUCAGAUCGGCCUAGCUACAACGCCCAUGUUGCGGCUACGAGAGCAGCAGUACAAGAGCGAUUGCGUGCACAACGGGGAACGCAGAAUCGCUCGGCAUCUAUCAGCCAGCCGGCAACGAAUGCAGCAUUGUCGUCAAACACAAUACCUGCCACAGCCAGGGCAGCGCGCAGCACCGCGGAGCAAACAAGUCAAACGAGCUCGGACUUGCGGCUUGCUCGUAUGAUGAUGUAUUCUGGCAGCAGUGCUCGUGCUAUGGAUGCGAAUGGCAAUUGGGUCGGGGCUGCACUGAUGCAGCGCAUGCUCAAUCAGAACAGCACGACAAAUGCGACGAGCGGCAGCUCUUCAUCAAAUAACGUUGCAGAGAUCAUCAGGGAUGUUGGGGUCGGUACUGCUGGUCUUGGCUGGAGUGAAGACGGGAGAAGCUUAUUCGCCGGUACCGAAGAAGGCAUCUUCCAAUUCAACGUCAAUCUUCGCGACCGCAUGACCUUCCCCGUCCUCGGCAUGCGCUGA